UUUGUUAUUUGCAUGUGAUCUCCGUCUCUGUUUGUUGCAGUUUCAGGAGGGUUUUAAGCUUUGUUUGUCACAGACCAGAGCCGGGUUUGUUAUCGGCAAUGACCUCAGACAAGAUAUAAAGCGGGUUGUGUCUGAGCAUCUGGAGGGGCUCCCCGUGUCACAGCUGCUGUCGGCAUAUAAGUUAAGCACAGGAAGGGACCUGCCGUUUAAGGAGAUGGGAUUUAUGUCUGUAUUGGAGCUUGUAGGAGCCUUGGGUGAUAUCCUAUGUAUAGAAGACCCCAAGGAUGGACAGGAUUGGCGUCUUUUUGACAUUGAAUUGAAAAGAAAGAAAGAUGUAGAUGGAGAGAGAACUGAUAAAAAGAAGCUCAACGCUACUGAUGGACUCAUCACCAGAUGGAACGUCACCACCACCCCGAAACCGGAGCGUCUGAAACCGCCGGCCAUCAUUUCUCCAUCAGAUGGGCAGAGCCUGUGGAGCCUUCCUCCGGGUGCACCCGUCUCUGACCACCAAAUCCCACCCGAUGCCGUCAGGAAGCAGAAGCUUUGUGCCUUAUCUCAUAUGAAGCGCGGAUUUAUGAUGGGGGUCUAUGUGGAGAACGUGACUUCACCCAGUAACUUCUACGUCCGCUGUUAUAGUAAGGAGACCUCACAGAAGCUGGAGGACAUGAUGAUAGAAAUGAGAUUCUGUUAUUCCAAUGAGCACGUGUCCAGACGAUACAUUGUCCCUGAUGAGUAUAUGGCGGUGGGGGAGGUGUAUGCGCUCAGUGUGGAUGAAGACGUGUGGUGGUACAGGGUCAUCGUGCACUCCAUCAUCAGUCCUCACGAGGUCCAGGUCUUCUAUCCCGACUUUGGGACUUUGGCCACAGUGAAGAGAUGUUGGCUGCGAUUUCUCAAGGCAUGCUACAUGAGGUUACCCGCCCAGGCGGUGCCCGCUGCGUUGGCAUGCUUGAAGCCAGUUGAGGAUCGGUGGUCGGCUGAGGCCACAAAGCUUUUCCAGAGUCAGUGUGCCCGCGGGCCCCUGGUCGGGGUGGUCAUGCAGUACGUCUCAGAUCACUUGUGCCUGUUUCUCUGUGAUACGUCGUCUGAUGAGGACAUUUACCUGCAUCAGGUCCUGAUCAAUGCGGGACACGCCAGCCUGGCCCCGGAGCCCGGGAUUUACUCUACUCGUAUUUCCUUCGUUCAGUACCUGAUUCAUUCUACGGAUCCGCCACAAGAAACGUCCCCAGAUACUUCAGAGCAGGAGACAAGUGUCCCCCCGGAAUCCCCAGACAUUCUCCUGCAGGAGGCGCCGCAGUUACCAACCAGAGUUAACAAAGAGCCUGAGCCUGAAUUACCCUACCUAGAAGCUUUUCCUAUUGGUGAAGAUAUAUGGGAUGAAGUGUGGUCUUUUUCCGGGGGUACGGUGACUCCGGAUGAAGCUUUAAAACCAACUGCACAAGACCUUGUUAAACAUCAGGAGGAGACGACCGUUCCGGGGAAAAUAAAUGACAUUCCGAAGAGAAGUGAUGGAGAACGUCUGUCUCAGCCUCUGGAGGAAUUCUACAUCUCUCUGAUUAAGUCGAGAAACGUGUCAGAGAAAUCUGCGGCUCUACGGUCUCCUCCGAGGAAGUGUGAGGAGUCUGAGAAGACUGUACAACCUGCGCCAGAUACUAAGGAUCCCUUCCUGCCUUUAAUUCCAGAAAAAGAGAAUCUGCAAACGCAGGAUGAUAAUCUUCUGUUUUGUGAAUCCUCGAGUCUUAACCAAACAGCGGCAGCAUGUAACCCGCUAACAGGAUUCCAGAAAUUUCAGAUCCCAAGGAGAUCAGCAACAGUGGCCCUUGGACCGGCCGCGCGGUUAGCUGCCACGCCUGGAAGUCUCUCACACUGGGGAUACUGAGCUUAGGAGAUAAUUCACAAUGGAAACAUAUGCGUCUGAAUGUAAUAAUGUGUUUCCAGAAUUUUUUUUUUUAAUAAUUUUUUCCUGAAUAAUUUUUUUGUUAGAGGUUUGGUUGUAUAUCUGUGAAGACAUUGGACCUGAGAUGUGAUAAGUCUGUAGUAGAGGUUGGUUGGUCUUCAAACGCUAUGGAGCAGAUUCUGCACAACUACAAGUUGUCAUAUUCCUGGGAAGAUAAUACUGCUAUAUAAUAGCUUGGGAAGAUAAUACUGCUAUAGCUUGGGAACAUAAUACUGCUAUAUUGUAGCUUGGGAAGAUAAUACUGCUAUAUAGUAGCUUGGGAAAAUAAGACUGCUAUAGCUUGGGAAAAUAAUACUGCUAUAUUGUAGCUUGGGAAAAUAAUACUGCUAUAGCUUGGGAAGAUAAUACUGAUAUUUUGUAGCUUAGAAAGAUAAUACUGUUAUAUAGUAGAUUAGGAAGAUAAUACUUCUAUAUUGUAGCUUGGGAAGAUAAUACUGAUAUUUUGUAGCUUAGAAAGAUAAUACUGUUAUAUAGUAGAUUAGGAAGAUAAUACUUCUAUAUUGUAGCUUGGGAAGAUAAUACUGAUAUUUUGUAGCUUAGGAAGAUAAUACUGCUAUAUAGUAGAUUAGGAAGAUAAUACUGCUAUAUUGUAGCUUGGGAAGAUAAUACUGCUAUUUUGUAGCUUGUGAAGAUAAUACUGCUAUAUUGUAGCUUGGGAAGAUAAUACUGCUAUAUUGUAACUUGAGAAGAUAAUACUGCUAUAUUGUAGCUUGUGAAGAUAAUACUGCUAUAUUGUAGCUUGUGAAGAUAAUACUGCUAUAUUGUAGCUUGUGAAGAUAAUACUGCUAUAUUGUAGCUUGGGAAGAUAAUACUGUUUAUUGUAGCUUGUGAAGAUAAUACUGCUAUAUUGUAGCGUGUGAAGAUAAUACUGCUAUAUUGUAGCUUGUGAAGAUAAUACUGCUAUAUUGUAGCUUGUGAAGAUAAUACUGCUAUAUUGUAACUUGAGAAGAUAAUACUGCUAUAUUGUAGCUUGUGAAGAUAAUACUGCUAUAUUGUAGCUUGUGAAGAUAAUACUGCUAUAUUGUAGCUUGUGAAGAUAAUACUGCUAUAUUGUAACUUGUGAAGAUAAUACUGCUAUAUUGUAGCUUGGGAAGAUAAUACUGAUAUUUUGUAGCUUGGGAAGAUAAUACUGCUAUAUUGUAGCUUGAGAACAUAAUGCUGCUAUAUUGUAGCUUGUAAAGAUAAUACUGCUAUACUGUAGCUGUUUCUGCUGUUUACGUCCAGAUUCCAAGGACUUUAUACGGCACUAACAUUUAGUGCUAUUUUGCGAUGCAGAAUAUUAGGAAAGAAGUUCCUGUGGGCGACUCUAUGGAGGGGCCACGUGCAGCGAUCUCUGUAGAUACCGUCCGUGUUACUAAACCCCAGGAUGAGGGGAAAUCACAGCUACUGUAUGAGACUAUUAUUUUUUCUUUUCUUGGGAAAUUUUACAAAGAAUGUGUCACUGUUUUGGUGAGAAAUAUAAAUAUUUGCAGAAAUUAAAUCAAUGUUGUAUUGAUAGGUCAGUGCCUCAAAGGUGUUCUCUGGUGGAGAACAAAUGUUUUCAAAAUAACUGAUACCAGAAAGUAAAUUACUUCUAUAUAAAA